CAUCGUACUCCCAAGUGAUGACGGGAGAUGACGCAGAUGACUGGAUGCUGCCUACGGGGACAUCUCACCACCACCAACAACACCAACCUCAUCACCACUCACACCAUCACAUCACCACCACCACCACACACCACCACGACAGACAGCAAGUUCGGCAUCACUACGGGAGAAGAAGGAAGAGGACGAGGAAGAGGAGGAGGAGGAGGCGGAGGUUUCUGGUUAACGUGUCCCGCCUAAGAUUCUCCCAGACUGCCUACCACACCCUUGUGCCUGAAGACGUACCUGUUGGCUCGUCCUUAUUACAGGUCCGCGCCACGGUCGACGGCCCACGGAGUCUCGGUCACGUCAGGUACAGAGUGAGCGACCCCCAGCACUUUGCCAUCGACAAGGAGGGCGUUGUCUCCGCCACUCAGAGCCUGGACUUCGAGCACACAGAGGGGGAGUACAGUCUCUUUGUGUAUGCGGAGGAGAUAGGUCCGCAGUCCGCCCGGCAGGAGGUGAAGGUUCCCGUCAUCAUUCGCAUCCGGGACACAGAGGAGGCGCCCUACUUCGAGAACGCAGAGUACAGCUUUGCCAUCACGGACACUGCGGCGGAUGGCACGUACGUGGGGACUGUGGUGGCGAGGGACCCAGACCUCAACUUCGACCGAUAUGAGCUGAGAAACGUCGAUCCUGUGGGCACGUUCGCGGUGGAGCCCAGGAACGGGAUCAUCAGUGUAGCCAACAAUGCCUUCAGCGCCGCCAGGGUCUUCAUUUUCGAGGCCGCGGCGGUGGAUCUGACGGGCCUGUCCUCCUCUGUGCCUGUGCGGGUCAACGUCAUAGGUGGCAGACAGGUGUAUGGGAACCCGCGCAUCACAUCUGCCCGGGACACCAAGAACGGUAACAGACACAAGCCGCAGUUUAGUCAGUGUGAGGAGCUGGACGGUCUUACGAUACCCGAGAACCGAGCGGCCGGACUUCGCGUGGUCAUGGUCUCGGCCACGGACCAGGACUUCGGGGUCAACGGGGAUGUCACGUACCACCUCCUGAACGACCUCGGGACUUUCAACAUUGAGACGAAGACCGGGGGAGGAUACAUCACCACGACGAGGGUGCUGGACCGGGAUGGCGAGGACAAGGAGUUCUUCCUGACGGUGCUCGCCAAGGACGGGGCGGCGCUGGAGGAGGCCCUGCAGGACGCGUGCACCUUCAGGCUCACCGUGGAGGACGUCAACGACAACGCGCCGACCUUCGAAAAGCAGAAAUACGAGCGCAGCAUCGCCACAGACCACGGGGUGAACACGCCGGUACUGCGGGUCACGGCCACAGACAAGGAUGCGGGGCCCAACGCGGAGCUCCGGUACAGCCUGGAGGACACGGAGGACGCGGCCUUCUUCGCCCUCGACGCCCACACCGGCAUUCUCAAGCUGACGAAGGCGCUGCAGGAGGCCAUGGCCAGCAGCAAGACCUUCCAGCUAUCAGCGCGGGCCACGGACCAGGGCGCCGCUCCCCUCAGCCGCGCCGUGCCCGUGGAGGUGACCGUGGUGUCCUCGGGGAGUCUGCCGCCCUCCAUCGUCUUCCAGGAGCCGCCGCGGCCCAUCCCGGAGAACGCGCCUCUGGACACAACCGUUGCCUGCUACUGUGCCAAGUCCAACGUGCCGGGAGAGCCUGACGUGUUCUUCAUCCUCGUGACGGGCAGCACCGGGGAGACUAACGCAGACGGGACCUUCGCUACCAGGAAGCUCUCCGUCACCAACCCCACGUGUCCAGAGGGUAGUCGAGGGGUCGUCAUUUAUCUCGCCGUCCGGAACUUGGACUACGAGGACGUCACGAAGUACACGCUGACCCUGCAGGUGGUGAACACCCAGAACGCCAGGCUGGACGAGCGUGUGCUGGUGGAGGUGCAGGACGUGAACGACCUGCCGCCCAUCCUGCAGCCCUUCGACGGGGCCAUCACGGAGAACAGCCCGCCCUCGCUCAUCACCACCAUCACCGCCACGGACAAGGACGCCACCCCGGAGUUUAGGAGUCUGGUGUACUCGUUCGACGCCCCUGAUGUGACGGCAGACGUGCGCCACAAGUUCAGCCUCUCUCACUCCGGCCAGCUGCGGACCCUCGUGCCGCUGGACCGGGAGGAGCGGGACAAGUAUAUCAUCCCAGUGCACGUGACGGACGGAUACCACAACCGCACUUCGAUGUACUGGAUCACUGUGAAGGACAUGAACGACGUGGCCCCGGAGUUCGACAGGGUUCUUGGCGUGUUCGAAGUCCAGGUCCCGGAGAGCAGACACGCUGGGAAGGACACGGGAAUUCGCCUGAAAGUGAUUGACCCAGAUCUUGUCAACCACAACACCUUCAGGAUCGUCCAAGGCAAUGAGCAGAGAAAGUUUAAUAUUGACUCCACGACGGGCGAGGUUACGGUGGCGCGCGGGCUGGACUACGACGAUCCAGUGAGAGACAGAAACUUCACGCUUCUAGUUCGACUCAGCGACGGGGCCAACGAGGCAGUGGAGACCUUUAUCACCAUCGCCGUCAUCAACGUGAACGACCUGCCGCCAGUGUUCGACCAGUCCUCCUACUUCUUCAGCGUCACGGAGCACGAGGACUGCGACAAACCCUUCGGACAGGUGUCAGCCAUGGACCCCGAUCUGCCUCCUGACGUGGACCAAAACAUCAGGUAUCGGCUGCAGGGGGGCGGGAAGGCCUCAAGGAACUUCACCAUUCACGAGACCACGGGGGAGCUGGCCAUUGUGGGGUGCCUGGACCGGGAGGCCGCCACGCGCGGCUUCCUCACCGUCUACCCCAUGGCCGCGGACGACGAGGGCGCGGGCCACGUCGCCGAGCCGCCCACCGUCACCAUCACCAUCACCGACCUCAACGACAACCACCCCUUCAUACACGGCCCGGCCGGGAGUCGCACCUCCAUCCUGGAAAACACUGAUCCCCUCACGCUGCGUCCGGUCACCGUCCAGCUGGCAGACUUGGACGCGGAGGAGCACGGCUGUCCCUGCACCUUGGACUUCGAUGCCUCCGCGCCCGCUGACGUGACGGAGAAGUUCGAAGUGACGCUGAUGGACGAAAGCUCCUCCCGCUACGCCGUGAGGCCGCGCGUGGUGCUGGACCGGGAGGCGCAGAAGGUGUACUCGCUGCCCUUCAGGACCACGGACCGGCGGGGCGUGAACGGGCUGCGCUUCCUGACGGUGGAGGUCGGCGACAAGAAUGACUCCCCGAUGACCGAUGGGGAGAGUGCGAUUGAGGUGUAUAACUAUUUGGGUCAGUUCCCCCGCAUGGUCAUCGGCAGCGUCUACGUCAGCGACCUGGACGACCACGACGCCGCCGACAAGGUCUUCGAAAUCGACCCCGCCACCUCCCUCGAAGUGGACACCUUCUUCGACGUGGACCACGGCACCGGCAACAUCACCAUGGCCAAGGACACGCCCGGCGGCUCCUACGUCCUGCGGGCCAAGGUUGAGGACAGGAUCCGCAACGAGACGGCCAAGGGCGAGGUGGUCAUCACGGUGGUGGACCUGACGGAGGAGGCGAUCCGGCGCGCGGGCUCCUUCAGAGUGGCUGGAUACUCCCCCCUCGGCCUCCUGCAGCGGCGCGGGAACGCUAUCAUUGGCACGAGUCUUUAUGAGCGCUUGAAGGGGGAAAUCGGGCGCCUUCACGGUCUCGAGUCGGGGGACGUUGACAUCUUCAGUCUGCGGGGGUCUGGCGGUGACGUGGAUGUCCGCUACACCUGUCGUGGCUCACCUUAUCUCACCUCCACCAGACUCAACGGCCUCAUGCUCACCCAUCUGCACCAGCUCAACGCAGCGCUCGGGGCCACGAUAUCAAGGGUCAACCUGGAUCGCUGUCUGUACGAGAAUGACCUGACGCGACCUUGUAACACCAGUAGUGGGGGUCGGGGCAGCUGCCAGAUGACCCUCAAGCCCAACAUGACCUCCCCGCUGGUCGUGUCGGGGGAGGCCACGACGAUGGUUGGGGUUGACAUCACGGACCACUAUGAUUGUAACUGCGGUGCCCUGGAGCCGCUGCCGUCCGUGUGCUACGAUGGCUACUGUCUUAACGGCGGCGUGUGUCGGGCGGUGAACGGCACGCUGGUGUGUGAGUGCCCCUCCCGGCUGGACCACGGGCCGCGCUGCGAGGUGAGGAGCGCCAGGUUCGAGCGAGGCUACGCGUGGUACAAGCCGCCGAAGGUCUGUGAAAACUCGACCAUCUUCCUGUCAUUCCAAACGCGGCAGUCCAGCGGGGUGCUCCUCUACGCCGGGCCGACGGUGACGCGGCCCUGGAACGACUACCCGCUGGACUUCCUCUACGUGGUGCUCAGGAGCUGGGUGCUGGAAACCUACCUGGACCUCGGCACCGGGACCGUCCGCGUGGCCAUCCCGCUGGAGAGGAACACUCACCGUGCCUUCGACUGCGCCAUCUCCUGGGACGCGCUGGGCAUCACUUUUGAGGUCAUCAACUGCUCCGGCAACUCCAGCAGCGGCGCCGCCUGUAAGAAGUCGGUGGCUUUGUCGGGCGGGACCUCUGCCACCCACUUACUGAACCUGGCGGCGCCGUUGCAGCUCGGGGGCGUGGCGGCCAUGGCAAACUUCCAGGACCUCGCGAAGUCGUACGGGUGGAGCCUCACGCCGCCCGCCGCCCCGCCCUUCCACGGCUGCGUCCUAGGCCUGCGACACAACGACUACCUCUACGACCUCAACGCCACCGACCACGACAAGGAGACCUACAAGCCGUGCGACGCGCCGGCCGUGGCAAGGGUCAUCAUGGGGAAGCAGUCCAUCGUCAUCAUCGUCGUCAGCCUGCUCAUCCUCGUCAUGCUGGUGCUGCUCAUCCUCUGUCUUGCGAGGCGGGGCAGGAAGAGCGUCUACUGCCCCGAGCUGGACGGCGUCGUGAAGGAGACCAUCGGUGGCACGGACCUCGAGGGCUUUGGCGAGAAGGACGUGACGGAGUAUGACUUGAAGCUCCUGCGGGUGUGUCCUGAAGGCUACCUCUUAAACGGCGGCAACAGCAGACACCUUCCUGACGUGGCCAACGACGCCCUGCAGAAGAGGAAAGCCCCGCCAGCCCGCGUGCCCAAGGGCCUCACCGUCGGGGCCUUCAUCGACGAGACCAUCAAAAAGGUGGACAAGGAGCCUUCAGACUUCGAUGACGUGCGGCACUACUGUUACGAGGGCCACGCCACCUCGCCCGGCACCCUGUCUUCGGUAGGCUCGGCAGUAGGUUCGAGUCACAGCAACGAGACUUUCGACCCAAACACCGACUGGGGGCCGCGGUUUGAGAAGCUGAACGAAAUCUACCGAAGAGGGACGGAGAACGCGGCGGAGAAGGAGGACAGUGACUUCGAGGGUCCCACCGUGAGCCAAAGAAAACGGGCCUCGCCGCAACCAGUCCGCAAGAGCCCAGAGGAGUCACCAGGGGGCACUGAAGUAACUAAGCCACGCCCGGAAAAGCCCACAGUCAGUCUUGAGGGUGGAGUGAGUGGUGACCGGCAGCCUCCUAAUCCUCCUCCUCCUCAGCCUCCUCCUCGAAUGACUGAAGCCCCCUCCUCCUCCUCCUCUUCCUCCUCCUCCUCCGCCUCCAGUUCUUCGACCACGUUCGGUACUGGUAAGGGACGGGAGACGUGGUGCUAGUGUGUGUGUGUGUGUGUGUGUGUGUGUGUGUGUGUGUUUCGGUAGCCUUGU